AUGGCCUACCAACCUCAAUCGCCAAAUCAGACCCCCAACACCUCCUCCGAUGAGCGAACUUCAAGUCGCCGACUCUACAACCCUUACCAAGAUCUGCAUCUCCCGGCGCAGACCCUCUACAACAUCCCCACCUCGCCGGAGUUCCUCUUCCAAGAGGAGUCCGUCGCGCAGCGCCGAUCCUGGGGGGAGAACCUUACCUACUACACCGGCAUCGGCUACCUAGCCGGCGCCUCUGCCGGCGCCGCCAAGGGGUUCGCGACCGGAGUCAAGGCGAUCGAGCAGACCGACACGAUGAAAUUGAAGGUCAACCGGAUCCUCAACGGGUCGGGCCUCGCGGGCAGGCAGGUCGGCAACAGGUGCGGCGUCAUCGGGCUGAUGUACGCCGCGCUCGAGAGCGGCAUGGUCGCGGUUAGAGACACGGAUGACGUCGUCAACAGCGUGGUCGCGGGUCUGGCUACCGGGGCGCUCUACAAGGCGGCGGCGGGGCCGAGGUCCGCCGCCGUGGCUGGGGCCAUUGGAGGUGUGCUCGUGGGUCUCGCCGUCACCGGAAAACAGGCUCUGAAACGAUAUGUGCCGAUUUGA